CGUCUUCUGCGUUGAAUCAAUUUUUUUCAAAAUUUUCAUAAAUUUUUAAACAUUCUGAUUGAUGUAUUUGUUAAUUAAUUUGGACAUUAUUCUCUAUAAUGGUUGAAUAACCUCAAAUUUGCUGCUGAAAAAGAACACUUCAAGCCCUCAUCCAGUUUACUCAAUAAUCAUUAAUAUUUCUUCGUACAGAGAAGGCAGUCUUCAAGAAAGAAAUUCAUUCAACAAGGAAGAAAUAAUGCCCAACUUGCAGUAGUCAUGGGUGGCAUUUAUAUCGUAGAUAAUGGAGCUUAUUCCAUCAAAGCGGAAUCUUCAACCAAGUCAUCACCUAGGGUGGUGCCGAAUUGCAUCAUGAAAGCAAAAAGUGAGAAAAGGAGACCAUUUGUCGGCGAUCAAAUUGAAGAAUGUCGUGAUGCAUCAGGAUUAUUUUACAUACUAGGAUUUCAAAAAGGAUACUUGGUCAAUUGGGAUGUACAGAAAACCGUAUGGGACUACGUAUUCGGUGACCUGUGCAGUAAAGGAAACUUCAAAGAAACCUCGGUCGUUGUCACAGAACCUUGUUUCAAUUUUCCUUCCAUUCAGGAAGCCGCCAAUGAGAUAUUUUUCGAAGAAUACGAAUGCCAUUCUUUAUUAAGGAUUAAUCCUAGCGAUUUGAGCGCAUUUCAUUAUCUGAAAAAAGAAACAAAAGCUUCAAAUUGUCUGAUCGUUGACACCGGUUACAGUUUCACUCACAUCGUACCUUAUAUCAAAAGCAAAAAGUACAAAGAAGGUAUAAUCAGAAUCGACGUAGGUGGUAAAUUAUUAACCAAUCACCUCAAAGAAAUAAUUUCAUACAGACAAUUGCACGUUAUGGAUGAAACCUACGUUAUAAAUCAAGUAAAAGAAGACUGCUGUUUUGUUUCGAAUAAUUUCAAACUCGAUAUGAAUACGACGAAUAAGAAAUGGCCCGAAAAUCAUAUUAUUCAGGAUUACAUUCUACCUGAUUUUACCACUAUUAGGAGAGGUCAUUCUAUACCAAUUGAUCAAACCAAUCAAACCGAUUAUCAAAAAUUGAGAUUGAACAACGAAAGGUUUACGGUUCCUGAACUAUUAUUCCAUCCAUCCGAUAUCGGUAUUAAACAAAUGGGCAUUGCGGAAGCAAUUGUAGCUUCGGUAUUUAAGUGCCCAUCUCAUACACAUUCCUACCUAUUUAAAAAUAUCGUAUUGACUGGAGGAAAUGCUAAAUUCCCUGGAAUGCAGAAACGAGUCUACGAUGACGUAAGAUCACUAGUUCCGCACGAAUACGAUAUCAAUGUGCAUUUACCCGAUGACCCUGUCGGUUACGCUUGGCGUGGAGGUGUUCGUUUGAGUAAAGAUGCUGGGUUUUAUUCGAUGGUUGUUACGAAAGAAGAAUACGACGAGGAAGGUUCCAAUGUGUGUUACGAAAGGUUCGACGUUUAAGUUUACGGUUUCGUCUUUCAAGUUUGUAAAUCUUCGGAAAAUUAUCGAAUGAUAAUGAUCGAAGGUUAUUGAAGAGUAGAUUUUUAACGAUGCAUUGUUUAUACUGAAAUAUUGUUCGUAAGUUGAAUUUUGAAUUGAACUAAGAAUACGAAUUAUGUGCCUAUUUUUUAUAUCAGUUUCAUUGAUUUGAAAUCAGUCGACAAAUAAAUUUUGUAUUCCAAA